AUGUCCAAGAAAGUGGUCAUAGUCGGCGGUGUUGGCGGAGGCAUGUCCGCUGCCACCCGCUUGCGUCGUCUGGACGAAUCAGCAACGAUUACGGUAUUUGAGAAAGGACCUUACGCUGGCUACGCGAACUGCGGUAUACCUUAUGCUCUGGGUAAGGUGAUCAAAGAUGAUGAGUCUCUGAUUUUACACACGCCAAAGUAUUUCAAGGAAUGCUUCAACAUUGAUGUUCACCUCAACACCGAAGUUGUUGAGAUUGACCGCACAAACGAGCAAGUGUGCACGCGAACCGUUGGAGAGGCUGAGAUUCGACGAGUCGGCUAUGACAAGCUCAUUCUUUCCCAAGGCGCUGAAGCUGUGAAGCCGCAGAUCGUUGGAGCGGAUCAGAGUCAUGUGGUCACUCUGCGGACCAUCUCAGAUCUACAAGUUAUUCGAUCUAUCAUGGUCGAACGAUGCGUAAGAGAUGUUUGCAUCAUUGGAGGCGGAUUUAUUAGCCUUGAAGCGGCCGAAAAUUUGGGAAAGAUGAAGUUUGGAGUUUCGAUUGUCGAGCAAUGGACCCAUGUCUUGCCGUUAAUAGAUGCCGAUAUCGCGCAGUUUCUUCACACAGAACUGAAGCGCAAUGGCGUGAAGUUAUACCAGAAUGAUACUGCAAGAAGAAUCGAAACUGCUCAUGUCGUCUUGGCUAGUGAUGGAAGAGAGAUCCCUGCCGAAUUGGUCAUUCUAGCUGUGGGAAUAAGGGCAAGAACAUCACUGGCGAAGAUGGCCGGCCUGGAAGUGGGAACGCAAGGAGUCAAGGUUGAAUCACAUAUGGAAACAUCCGACGAAGACAUCUACGCUGGUCGACUCGCCGCAGAUGAUAUAGCCGGCAGGCCAGUGCACUAUCGCGGCAACAUUGGCACAAUCAUCUGUCAAGUAUUCGAUCUAACGGUCGGUUUGACUGGCCUGUCCGUCUCGGCGUUGCGUGACUUGGGACAGGAGCCGCUCUGGGUUACAGUGCAUCCUCCACACCCUGCAAGGUAUUAUCCCAACGCUCAUACAAUCACGAUCAAGACCGCGUUCGAAAAAGGCACAGGCCGUAUUCUGGGGGUGCAAGCGGUGGGAAUGGCUGGUGUGGACAAGCGCAUAGGCGUGCUGGCGACGGCAAUGCAAGCUAGGAUGACAGUCUUUGACUUGGAACAUCUCGAACUGAGCUACGCACCGCCCUAUGGCUCGGCCAAAGAUCCUGUGAACAUGGUUGGGUUUGUUGGCUCGGAUUUGCUUCGUGGGGACUAUCAGAUUGUAUACGCCGAGGACAUAAACGUCAAGAAUCUACAUACCUGGCAAGUCGUGGAUGUUCGCUCACCCGAGGAGUUUGCGACUGACCACCUCCCGGGGGCAAUCAACUUGCCAAUUGCAACGCUACGCAAGCAGGAAUUGGGGCUUGAUCAAUUCAUACCGAUUCUUGUGUACUGCUAUGUGGGCUACCGGGGAUACUUGGUCUACCGUAUCCUCAGUCAGAGAGGAUUCAGCGUAGUAAACCUUGAUGGCGGAAUGAAAACAGUAAUCGAAGGGGGGACCAAGCCUUGA